AUGGCAGAUCAAAACAUCUACCUCAAGUACAAGCGCGAUCAGAGACACCUUGUCUAUUGGAUCACUCAUACUUCUGCCCAAAUCAUCAAGCAGCACCCUUUUGAGUCUUCGGUGAUCGAGAGUACCACUGGUGUGGUCUCUCUGUCGACAUUGAAAUCGCUUUCGGGGCUCAUCGCGAAACAUGCCGUCGAAGUUCCCGGUUCCAUUUUUCGUUUGCUUGAGUCCAUCAUUGAUGCUAGGAAAGCGACACACAACCUGUUCCUGAAAAUCACCGCCUCAAAUCCGUAUCCAAAUAUCCUUCUUACGUUUGGCUGGGGUUGA